AUGGCCGUUUCUGAAGCCAAGCCUUUCUGGAAGGACGACGAGAUUGCCGUGGACCGAGAUGGCAUCCCUCACUUUACUGGAGCAAGGCCGGAGCUGAUGAAGGAGUAUCGCAGAAGGGUGCUUUUCGCCUACAACAACCUCGAGGGCAGUGGCGAUGACGAAGCCAAAAAAGCUCGGAGUUUGAAGAAGAAGAAGGCACGCUUUGCCAAGCGACUCCUGGAUGCUCUACAUGGUGAGGCAUGGCGCUCGUGUCAAGAUCUGCUUCUGGAUGCGGAAGGCUUGCGAAAAGAGGAUGGCUACAAGAUGGUCUUUGCAGCCCUGCAGUCGAUCGAGAAGGUCGGCGUGAUCAAGAAGACGGAGGCCUUUGACCACUUCUUCGAGCGCUGCUACCGGAGGCGAGGCCAGUCCAUCGACCAGUUCCUUCGGACACGGAGCGAGGGAUGGAGCGACCUCCGAGACCUGGCCGAGGGGAUCAACAUGAGCGAGGACCUCCUGGCCUACUUCCUGCUCAAGAGUGCCAACCUCAGUCGUGAAGAAAGGCGACAGAUUCUGCUGGCAAACCAGUCCGACUAUAGCUUGGCAGGAAUCGAGAAAGCCCUUCGCGUCUCGUUCUUUGACCUCCACGAGAAGGAGAAGGGACGGGACUGGAGCUCGACCGCGACGAGGAAGCCAGCCAAAGGCUUCGGCAAGCGAAGCUAUCACGCCCACUUGGCCGAGGACGGCGAGGCUGGCGAGUCGGAUGGUGGCACGGCGGACGAGGGCGAAGCCUAUGAAGAGGAGCAUGCUUUGGAGGCCGAAGCCGAGCAAGGCGAGCAGGAGGAGUUCUCGGACGUUGGCGCGUCGAACGACGACGAGGUCUACGAAGCCUAUGUGAGCUACAAGGACUCGCGAAAGAAGUUGAAGGAGAUGCAACGCAGCAGAGGCUUCGUGAAGAGCCGAGACGACCAGGCGGAGGACCGACGUCUUGCUGUGCAGCGAGAGAAACAGAGAACAAGGUGCUCUGCCUGCAAUAAGCUGGGCCACUGGGCAGGUGACGCUAUCUGUCCUCGUCGUUCUGGAGGCGGGCCAGCAAGGGGAUCCUCAAGCAAGGGUCGUGGCAAGAAGGGUCGAAGCUCCUCAUCUUCCAAGGGGUCUGGCAAAGCCUAUUUUGUGUCAGAGGCCAAGCCGUUGUUCUUCUCCCUCGCCGAUGACGAGCAGGAGGAGCAGUUCUGCAACAUGGUCCGCGACACCGACGGAGAGAAGGACAUGGAGCAGGACGCUGGCAACACAUACCUCGACAAGCGCCGGAAGGAGGCCAGAGCGGAGCCAGAGAGUGACAGCCUAGUUUGCCCCGAGCAGAACCAGCACAUCAUCGUCAGCGUGCCGGCCAACAAGAUCAAGAAGAUCCAUGUUAAGUCCUUGGCCCUCGCGCGCCCGGUAGGUUUGGAAGAGAUGAGGGUCAGGGAGCUGCAAGCCGACUGCGACCGUUGGGGCAUUGCAGUUUCCGGGUCCAAGUCCGAGAUUCUGCUUCGACUUCGUCGACUUUAUGGUGGCGAGAUGGUGCUGCAGAAGCGCUACCAGAUAUGUGCAGUUGGUCCCGGAACCACUGGCGACAGCGGCGACGGCUACAGGAAGCACGACAGCGACGGCAUCGGACCGCUGGUUGACCCACGCACGGGCGUGGUUGUGCCGCCUGAGAUCGUGUUCGACCAACCGGCGCCGCAAGGAUGGAACAGCUUUCUUCUUCGGGUGUUUCAAUUUUGGCAAGUCCAAUUCUGCACUUUCUUCCCGAUUUGGGAGACCGAGAUUUCACCCUCGCUGGCCGGCCGGGCUUACAUGGCCAAUGGCGGGGACUGCAAGAAUCUGAAUUCGAUCAAUGAGCCCAAUGAAGUCCCUUUGAAUUCGCAGAACGCAGACUUUGACGAAGCGCUGGCUGGUACCAAUUUGGACCGGCGCCUUUUUGAGGACCGAGACGGUCACAUCAAUGAGGCCCACGUGGCCCUCUUGGACACGGCGUGCACGGCCUGCCUUCACUCAAAGAAAUGGAGACAAGCCUACAGCUUGACGCUUCCGCCUGGAUACCAGUGCACUGCCACUAGCUCCAAGAAGACCAUUCAUUUCGCCAAUGGCGAGAGUGAGAGCCGAAUGGUGGUAUGGCGCAUACCAAUCUUUCUUCAAGGCGUGGCUGGUGAGGUGCACUCUGCCGAGCUCGAUGCAGGGGCCACGCCACUCCUCUUCUCGAUUCCGGCGAUGCAGGCCUUGGACAUGGUGCUCUGCAUGAAAGACCUGAAGGUUGGCAUCCGAGCCCUCGACCUCGAGAUGCCCAUGCAGGUCACACGUUCGAAGCACAUUGCCCUGAACAUCGCCUUUGACCCGGCGGUCGGUACACGAGAAGAUCGGCAAGCAGGCGGUCAGCCACGGGCACAUUCCGACGCGGGGGACUUUGUAGCCUACUUUGUGGAUGAGGCGCGGCUGCCAAUACUUCACCAAUGUGCGCCGCCUGUGGAAGCCGAAGCUUUCUGGAAUCGGGGCAAGGCAGCUCCGAACCUUGGGCCCCGAGGCGUGCACACCAACGACAAGGUCGGGGAGCUUAAGCAGAGAAGAGUCGACGAGCUGCAGCGAGCGGCAAGGAAGCACCAACUACGAGACCAACGCUCCUGGUCGGCUUUGAGGCGCGACUUCACCAUGGCAGAGCAACACGCCACUCGCGGCUUCAAGGACACGGUGAUCUUUGAACCCUUUGCCGGCACCUUUGGCAUUACGCGAGUUGCGGCGGAGGAGUUUGGCUGGACAUGUUCCCAACCGAUGGACCUCCUUGACGGCUACGAUCUUCUUUCGGGAGCAGGCCGACAGCUUGUGAAGCAGGUAUUGGCAGAACAUCGUCCGUACCUGGUUGUUUUGGCCUCCGACUGCCGUAUAUGGAGUUGGGCGACGAGCUUUACAGUUGGUUCGUUGGAUAUGCCAGGUGCAAGAUCGAGCCGGGCGAUACUACCUAGUGGAAAAUCAUGUGGUUCCGUCGCCUGGUUCUUUGAGGGCAUCCUCGGCAAGCUGCUGGAGAAUGCGCGCGGCAAGUUCCUUUAUGGCGACCAGUGUCGUUUUGGGAAGAGAGACUCUGAGAGCAAAAGGCCCGUUCGGAAGAGGACCGGCUGGCUUAGCAACUCGGAGCCCCUCCUGAACCAGCUGGGCAAGCAGUGUGUCUGCCCGCCUGGAGCACAUGAGCAAGUUCUGGGGAGCAAUGCGGGGGGACUUCGGUCGAAGCAGGCUGCAGAGUAUCCCAGAGCGCUUUGCCGCGCUGUUUGCCAAGGAGCUCUCGAGACGAUGGUGCUUGACUAUGCGGCCGACAUGACCUACCAUCAGGGCAUCUCCUUUGAAGGCGCCUACGAAGGCGAGGAGGAGGCCCAUGACUUCGACUCUGGUGACGAGGACCAAGAAGAGCCAGCGGAAGACGAGUGGAGACUUGAAGACGGAGAUCGACUUCUACGACUUCAUCGUGUUCCACGGCGGCGGCUUUUCCUGCCUUUGUCCUCGACCGCUCCACCAUGUUCGUUGGCGUCAUUGCAGAGCAGGAGGCGGACAAUGAUGGUGUUGCAGGGCGGCGCCAGACGAGAGCACGUCGACAACUGGCACGAAGCAUCGUGGAACCCGCGUGGGAUUGCAAUGGACCACCUGUGGACCGGGACUACGGAGUUCCUACUGCAAACGGCCGCCACGGCUUUGGAGGAGGAAAUCCAACAGCAGCGCCAGCAACAACCACCACCAGAUCAACAUGGGCACUUCGACGGGUCAGCGGCGCCUUUCGACUCUGCCGCCUACCCGGAUGACCACAUGAGUGACUACGAGCCCUCUCUUGUGGAUAGGCCAGCCGGACCAUAUCCAUCACAACCACCAGCUUCUCCACAUCCACUACCAGAGGGUACCGAGACAGAGCAUCAUGGCAUGGAGGAUUUAGCAGCAGCAACAACCACGGUCAGCCAGGAGGACACCGUCGGACUACUAGAGUCGACACUGGACUACGUGCAGCAAGAGGGGGCCAACGGGUGGAACAAGAUCAACACCGACACCGAUUUGGGGAAGGCAUGGGUCUCCCUAGAAGGUGGCAGUGCCGAUGUCUCUUUGAUCCUUUGCUCCACGGUGGCCCGCAGGUUAAAGAAGCCACAACCACAUGCUGGUCCUCAUGACGUGCGCCUUCGGCGUUCCUAUUUGCUGCUGGAUGACGGCACAGUGCUCGCUACGGAUUGGGAGUCCUGGGGCACGAUGUCACCGGCAUCUCAGGUUCGUCCUUUGGUGGCGCCGCAGCGGCGCCUUUACUUGGUGCUGUUCGGGAAGGAGAUUGGUGAAGAGGAUGCCGGCGAGGAGCCCGAUCAGCUACAGCAACGUGAAGAGGCAAGAGAGAGGAAAUGGCAAGCUUUGCCAAGAGAGUUGAAGUUGGCGAUCAAGCGCGUGCACGAGAACCUCGGGCAUGCAAGUCAACCAGCUCUACUUCGAGCCCUGAGGAUCGCCAGAGCAUCCGAAGUGGCCAUUAAGGCGGCUCGACUUUUCCGUUGCCCAGAGUGCCCACGACUUCGAGAACCGAGGCAUCCAAGACCAUCGAAAUUGCCCAUCGCGAAUGAAUUCGACAUCAUGAUUGGCAUCGACAUUUUCAACGUCAAGGCAUGGUGCCAUCUGGAAGCAGACUUUCAAGAGGGCGGCGUGGUCGCAACAGGUGGCUGGUUUGCAGGAAGUGCAAGCCUUGACUGCGGCCACCAACCAGAGCAAGAAUUCCUUGACAGGAAAUCCGGCUUCUCCCCGGCCCAAUGGGUCCUAGGCCGGGACAUUCGUUUGCCCGCCGACUUGGCGGAUGAUGCAGAAGUUGCCCGGAUUGGGGCCCAAACACUGGCUGCAACACCUGGGAGCAUUUUCUUUCGCAAAGCCCAACUUCGGCAAGCAGCGAGGGAAGCCUUUACCAAGACUGCAAAUGACGAUGCGUUGAGACGAGCAGAGCUUCGACAAGUACGGCCAUCACGGGGUCCAUUUCCAGUCGGCAGCUACGUGUUCUACUACGACGCUUCAAGCAAGGAGCCCGGGCCAAACUGCUGGAGAGGUGUUGCCAGGGUUGUCGGCAAAGACGGCAGCCACACCAUCUGGGUUUCACACCGGGGAAUUCUUUUGGCAGUCAGUCCCGAGCACCUGGCCAAGGCGCGCAACGAGGAGGUGAACCAAUGGCUGUCAGUCGGGAACGAGGUCGUUCUCCUAGAUGCAGUUCCAGCUUCCGCAGGAUCCGGCUUCAUAGACCUUCGUGGGGCACCGAAACCCCCAGAGCCACCAAGUGACGGCGAAGAACCGAGAGGAGAUCUUGAAGCAGCAGGCGGAGACGCCAUGUUGGAUGCCCCGGAGCCGGAACUCAGCGAGCAAGGAAGUCAAGUGAGUGAGGAAAAGCGGAGAAGGCGUGGAAGCAAGGGUUCGGCAACGACCGCUGCAUCGACUUCUCCUAUGCCGCCGCCAAUUUUGCCAUCGACGCCGGCCGACAUUCCUGUUGACCCACAUGGGCUUCCUGAUUUCGACUUGGAGGGCAACGAGGGCAACAUGGAGUUUGACCCAGAGCUUCACGACUACCACCAGGCCAUCCCGGCACCAACGUUGUCGCCCAUCAUUGAAGAUGCAGAUGGCGAAGCCCGAGAGCGGGAAGCCAAGCGACAGCGUGUUCGAGAGGAAGGCCACCACGCCAACUUCGCCAAGGAGGAGAGCUGCGAGGCCUACCUGGCGGCGGAAGGUGGACGAUACCUGGACGAGAAGGUUGUGAAGCACUAUGCCCAGCACGAGCACGCCUACCAGACCCUAGGAGUUUCCGAGGGUGACCUUCUUUUCGGUGUUCACCGCAACGACUUCCAGAAGCAGUACGAAGCACUUGCGGUGACGAAUCCCAACGACUCGGGUGCGAAGAAGAAGGGCAGGAAGGAGAUUCUGUUGAAGGAUCUGGACGCCGAGCAGAGGGAGCUCUUCUGCGGCAAGGGCGGCUCGGACGAGAAAGAGUGGAGCGCCUGGAAGACCAAAGAUGCUUGCGACAUUGUGUCUCCCGAGCUGAGCGAGAAGGUGAGACGCGAGAAGCCCGAUCUCAUCAUACCGACACGGUGGUUCCUGGCCAAGAGCAGACUGGUCGUGCAGGGCUUCAAGGACAAGUCGCUUGGACGUUUUCGUCGGGACGCCCCCACAGCAAGUGCAGUUGCUGAAAGCAUUUGUUUGGCAGUUUGCGCCUUCUUCAAGUUCACGCUUUUCGCCAAGGACAUCAAGAAUGCAUACUUUUCUGGUAAAAGCGUGGACAGAGAGAUAUAUCUGGAACAACCCAGAGGAGGCCUUCCAGGUUUGCUGCCAGGACAAUUGCUUCAAGCCAAGAAAGCCAUUUAUGGUUUUGCUGAGGCGGCCAGACUUUUCUGGCUGGCUUUGAGGGAGCACCUGCUUUCCGAUGGCUGGGUCGAGAGCAAGCUCGAGCCAGCACUUUUCUACUUGCGUCAGCAAGGCCGUUUAGUUGGCAUUCUCGUCACCCAUGUUGACGACCUCGAGGGCGGUGUCAAUGAGAAGGUGAUCAACUCAGCUUUUGAGCGUUCGGCAAGAGCUUUGGAAUUCGCUACCAACCACUACAAGGAUUUCAUCUUCCGUGGACGUGAGGUCCGCCAGAACGAGCACAACCACAUCGAUGUCUCCAUGAAGAACUACGCCCUCUCCAUGAAGACCGUGAAGGUUGACUCUGGAAGACGGAAGGAGUUGAGGUCCGAGCUCACGCCAGAGGAGCUCAGUGUUUUCCAAAGCAGCGCCGGUGAGCUUGGAUGGACCACGCGUCAACUGAGAUGCGACUUGGCAUACGAGAACGGCGUGGUCCAGAGAAGCAAGACGGACACCUGCGUAGCAGAUCUUCUACUGCUCAAACAAUAUAUCGGCCUUGCCCGAAGAGGGGCAAAUUUCCGACAAAGAUAUUGGUCGGAUGUUGAUUUGGAAAGUGGCGUAAUCCUGCACCUCGCGGAUUCAGGCCACGCCAAUGGCACUCCUGACCACAACGAGGAGUUGAAGUACAGAAGCGUGGGCGGAUACUUCAUCAUGAUCGCCAACCCGGAGAUCCUGAAGGGCGAGGAGGCAAGGGCCAAUAUCCUGGCCUACCACUCCACGCUUACAAAGCGAGUUUGCCGCAGUACACUGGCGGCUGAAGCCAGCCACCUGGCUGAGGCGGUGGAAGCUGGCGACUGGAUCAUCGUCUUGAUGGAGGAGGCGCUCACGGGCUAUGUCGACUUGAAGAACUGGGACAAGAUCAUCGAGCAGAGGAAGAGGGCGUAUGUCACUGACGCCCGUUCUGUUUACGAUUAUCUUCAACGAGACGCAACGUCGACUUCGAGCGACAAGCGGAUGGCGAUAGAGGGUGCACUACUUCGUGAAACAGUUCGCCGCGAUAGGGCCUACGUCAAGUGGAUUGACGGGCAACAGAACAUCGCCAACGUUCUCACGAAGGCGAAUGCUGAGAAAGACAUCCUUAGAGACUUUCUUCGAACGGGUCUCCUCUGCUUAACCCAGACAGAGGCCAACCGCGCCUUGAAGGAGCGCAAACAGCAGCAGAGGCAGCAGCGCAAGAAGGUCAAGGAUGAGCACCAGUACCGCAAGGCGCAUCUUCGAGCUCUUCGGCGCGAGGAUGUGGCAAAGCAAGUUGAGGGCAUGGAGCUGAUGGACGACAACUUGACCGACAACGAAAAGAAAAUAGAGGAGUGUGAGAAUUCUCCUUGA